AUGUCGAAUGACACUGCUCCGUUGGUCAAUGUUCUGGGCAAGAGGCACCUCACAUCCUCCACACCUAUCUCGCCCGUCGCCAAAUGUUGCACCCUCGAAAAGCGCGGGUUCUCCACCAACCGGUUAACACACUUCCCGUUCCCAUUUCACCGCGCCUGA